GCUGCUCCCAGUUGUUCAGAGGAUUGUGAUGCUGAAGGAUCGUUCCCAGGAACACCGCUGUCUUUUUGUGGGGGGUUUUUAAACCUUUUGGUCGAAGUCCUGCGGCUCGACCGUUCUGCUUUUCAUCUCGAGUGGAAAGUUGAAGGAAUUUACUGUGGACUUUUUGGGAGGAUACUGUUAGACUGCAGUCCAACACAGUGCUGCCCACUUUGUCAUGAGACGGGUGUUGUUGUGAACACCCAUGCAUCGCUUUCCUCACCACAUCGUACCGAUGGACCCUCAGGUGCGUCCACCUCCUCCGAGUAGCAGCCAGUCGGUGCCCGGCUGCCUGGAGAAGUCCCCGGCCAGCGUGUUCAAACCCAGCCACUCGCGUAGCAGCAGCACCGGCUCCUCCAAACAAUCCAAGCAGUCUCGUCACUGGGAGGUGAUGGACGACUUGCAGCGCCGCGAUGUGUGCUCCUACCCCGGCUCCUCUCCGGACCUCAGCAUCCCUGGGAUCUGUGAGGGCUACCUGAUGAAGAAGAGGAAAUAUCCGCUCAAAGGCUGGCACAAGAGGUACUUUGUGUUGGAGAAAGGGGUUCUCAAGUACUCGAAGACACAGCAAGAUAUUCAGAGAGGGAAGCUCCAUGGCUCACUGGAUGUCAGCCUGGCUGUCAUGUCCAUCAACAAGAAGACCAAAGGCCUAGACCUGGACGCUGGGGACAACAUCUACCACCUCAAGGCAAAGAGCCAUGACCUUUUCUACAUCUGGUUGACUAAGCUGUGUGCCCAUCGCGUAUUCCGAAAAAACGAGGCGAUGAGUGUCCAUCGUGGUGUCCUUCACGCUCUGUCCUUGGCCCCGAGCACCAUGCAGACUGCGACCACUCUCUCUCAGGCUACGAGUGCUACGAUCAUCCAGCCCGCUCACUAUGCUAGCUCAGCGUCUGUGUACACUCCAGAGAUGGGAUGCCCGGCCCCCAACAUCUCCUCCCACCAAGGGGUGACCAGCAAGGUGUCGGCGUGGCUGCAGCAGACCCACGACAUCGACGGCACCUCCAACGAACUGGCUCGUUGUCAGGGGGAGCUGACAGAACUGGCCCUGCUCAUCCAGCGGCUCCAUUGGCUGGAGGGGGGCCUGCCCAUCACAAACACCGACCUGGAGAUGCGAAUCAGCAUGCAGAAUCUGACCCUGGAGAAACCAAAGAAGAGGGUGGGGAAAGUGUUUGGUCACUCCAGGACUUUGUCCCGUGUUGAAGCCAUGGGGGGAACGUUCACUUCUAGCCACCUGAGCACCAGCAACUCUGGUGUGGGGGCCUCUGUUAAGUCCAUCCCUGACUACGUCUACACUCAACUGUCCAACCCUCAGGGGACCUCGCCAGAGGCCAAGAAGCUCCACCAGGACAUCUACACGUCUUCUCAGAAGGUUCAUGCGUCUCUCAAGUCAAUCCAUGAGGUUUUGACCAUGGAGCGGGAGAGACUGAGGCAGGCCUGGACCGGCCCGGACCUGCGGCACAACACGUCACAGCAGCUCGCGACACUCUGCAGCACCAUGUCUGAGCUUGACCUGCAGUCCCGUUUGACCAAAGUCCACUCGGUUUCACUCUCUUCUGACUCUACCGAGGAAUCCUUCUGCACCGUCCGUCCUGACCAGAGGACACCAUCCCUGAGCCGCCACAGCCAUCGCGCGCCCUCUGUGGCGGAUUCCAUGGCCGAGUACUUUGAUGCCAGCGAGGUGAUCACAUGCGAGAGCUCGUCAGAGGCCGAGGCGUCAGACGAGUCGGGCCUGAGCGACGUCACCACCACCAGCAACUCUGAGCCGGAUGAGGGACAUGCCACCGCCACCCUCAACUAUCGUGCCAGUUUGAACAAGGUUCCUGAAACGCCCAGCCCGGCGCCCGCCAAUACCGGUCGUCGUACUAUCCUCCCCGCAUCAGGGACGGACAACAGCCACAUUGGCAUCAUGAGCAUCCUGUACAACAACAUCGGCAAGGACCUGUCCAGAAUAUCUAUGCCGGUGGCACUGAACGAGCCGCUGUCCCUGCUGCAGAGACUCAGCGAAGAGCUGGAGUACUCGGAGCUGCUGGACAUCGCCAACCGCAUUGAUGACCCGUAUGAGAGAAUGGUGUACGUGGCAGUGUUCUCCAUCUCUGGGUAUGCCUGGGCGUCCUGGAGGAACCGCUACAAACCCUUCAACCCUGUUCUGGGAGAAACCUACGAGAGUGUCAGAGAGGACCGCGGCUUCCGCUACAUCAGCGAGCAGGUCAGCCAUCACCCGCCUGUCUCUGCCUGCCACGCAGAGUCUGAAAACUUCUCUUUCUGGCAAGAUCAGAGAUGGAAGAAUAAGUUCUGGGGAAAGUCCAUGGAGAUGCUCUCUUCUGGACUGGUUAAUGUCGCCCUACCCAGGUACGGUGACCACUACGAGUGGAACAAGGCGGUGACAUGUAUCCACAAUGUGCUGAGUCAGGAGCGCUGGUUGGAGCACUAUGGUGAGGUGGUCAUCAAAAACAACAACAGUGAUGACUGUACCUGCAAGAUCACCUUUGUCAAGUCUCGUUACUGGACCUCAGACAGCAAUAAGAACGAGGUGCAGGGGGUGGUCCUGGACCGGGCUGGAGAGGUGGUUCAUCGGUUUGGAGGCCUCUGGCAUGAGGGCAUUUUCUGUGAUACUCUGUCUACACCAAAGUGCAUCUGGAAGCCCAACGUGCAACCCGAUGACUACCACCAGUUCUACGGCUUCUCCCAAUACGCCAGGGAACUAAACGAGCUGACACCAGAGCUGGAGGCAGUUCUCCCGACUUCAGACACCCGCUUCAGACCAGAUCAGAGGCUCUUGGAGUGGGGGAAGGUGGCAGAAGCAGAUAAAAAGAAGGAUGAGGUGGAGGAGAAGCAGAGGGAGAUGAGGAAGGAGAUGACCAAGAGAGGAGAGGAGCACAAGCCCAGGUUCUUCAGGAAAGCUGAGGACCAGGCUGGCAGAGAGGUUUGGCUGACCAACGGGACCUACUAUAAGCUCCGCAAAGAACCGGGCUUCAAGAAGACCGCUGACCUGGAUCUGUGGUAGAACACUGCCUGAUGCUGGGGAACCAAACUAAAAACAUUGUAAUGAAGAGGAAAAAUAGGCCCCUGUAAAAAGUAACCACUGUAGUUUCCUCGUUAGUCUGAUAACUUCUAUGCUGUAGUGACUCAUCAAAGACAGAGGUCUGCUGCUACUGCCACAAUGUGGAGAAGAAGGCAUCUUGGACCAAUGAACCUCCCAUCAGGUGUUGUGUAGCAUGUCACGGUGAGAUGCUACUAUGGAACAGAUGAAGACCGAUUUGGGUGAAGCCUUUGGCGGUGCCGUGAUGGAGACAUUAACUAGGACCAAUCACGGCUUAAACUCCUAGACAAAAUCGGUGUCAGGACUUGAGGCUUUUCUGUGUGUAAUGUUUUGUAUUGUUGUGGGUUUCAGAUGUUAUACUUUGUCAGUUGUCGAUGAUCUUGCUGUUUCUUUUCAGUUACGUGGAAUUUAUUGAAAUCAAAAGAAAGCGGCCUCAGAAGCUUGCUUCCUGCGGAGGGAUCCGAAGCACAUGGAGGGUUAAUCUGGGCCUUGUGUAUUACAGGUGAACUGGUGCUGUCCUGCUUUUUUUCUCAGUGGGUCUUUGUGUAUAAGCUCUGUAUUAUCUCUUAAUACGGACACAUUGGUGAUGUGUUGUUCCCGUUAGAUUAGCCUUCUUCCUCUCCAGCCAUUUCUUGUCCUUAGAGAGCCGGCUCCCCUCCGACCUUUGUGCCCUGUUGAUGCAGUGAAGUCACGUGACUCAUCAUUUUAACAAUGGAUUUUAAUAAGUAAAAGACUACUGUUAAGCCCCGCCCCCCACCCCUCCCCACCACAUUAAAUCAAUUUUAUUCAUGGUUUUGUUUUCAAUAAAAAGCUUUCAUAUUCAGCAAGGUGUUCUACUUUUUCAACUUUAGUUCACCAAAUUAGAUUUUGAAUUAAUUGAUUCAGAAGAUCAAUCAUUCAAAUAUGUUGAAGCUUUUGUGGUAUUUAGCUUGUCUGAAAAUAAUUAGACCAACAAUAUACAGUGUACAUCUAUUAAGGUCAUUUGUUGUCUGUGACACAACACCAACACACAUUAGUAUAGAACUGGAUACCUUUUUAUUUCUUCAUUGUUCCUGAUCAUUUACAGCACAAAGCCUCGUUCAACUCUGACAUGUUUUCAUUAUUUGAACAGCAUUCGCGCCGGUCUCUUGCCAGUGUUAAACUCAGGGUCAACAGUGAGGUAUCCAUGACAACAGUGGGUGAAACAAAGAACCCCUCUGCUGGAGGCCUUCACAUCAUCGUGUCACAAUUAAGUCGGUACAAUUAAAAAAAAAAAACAUAAUGGUGUACCACAGUACACUGGUGAAAAAGGUAAUGCAGUAGUAGGGUAAUAAUUCUGGUGUUUUCUUUAUUGAUCCAAAGUGAUCAGAUUGUGAAAUUAAUUUUGGGUUGAACAACAAAUUUGGUCAAGUUUCAUAACCCAAUUUGUAGUGCUUUCAACUUUUCACAACCUCAAAUGUUUAAUUUGGGUAGAAUUUUUCAGCAGUAACCAUUUACUUCUCCUACUGGGGAAACGCAGAGGUGACCUCGUUCAAAGGCUCCUUAUUUCCAGACCCUAACGUAGAUAUUUGUAGUGUAGGUUGUACAUACAUGUUACAAUGUACACUGUCUACCUGCACAUGACUGUUUGCAGACAUUAUUCUGUCACUUCACCAGAUUCAGACAGAUCUCCAUACAGAGCAUCUGAUUUUAAAGGACAAAUUGUGAUUAUUUUUAGGUUGUGAUUGUAUUUUUAACCUUAGCGUUUGGAAAUGUUUGUUAAAUCUGUAUUCACCCUCUGUCUGAAACACUGCAGCAAUAUGGUAUUUUUCCGGCCUGGGGGCGGAGCCGAAGGUGUUUUUUAAUAUGCCUGCAUGUGACACAGGAUGGGGAGACACAUAAGAGAACUGUCUUAUUUCAGAGUUUGUGGGUGGAUAGGAUCUCCAUUCACCCAAAUAUAUGUGGACCAACAAUGAAAAGGUGUGUUCUUCCUACUUAUGUCCCCUUCAAAGUGUGUGAAGCUGCUCCUACAGCAGGUUUUUAGGUUGGUUGUUCCCUUGCCACUGUAGAAAGUUAUCUAUAAAUACAUUAACAUCAGGGGCCC